CUCACUUCUUAUUUUUUCUGCCAGGGAAAUAAAAGAGAGGGAGGGGAAGAAGAAAUAAAGAACGUGAACCUCAUUCCCCCCUCGCUUCCCUCUCGCCAUACUCUCCCCUUCCUCGAUGCCCUACCCUUAGAUUUCUAGGGUUCCGCCAUGCUGGAUCACGACAACCUCCUCCCUCCCGCCGCGCCCUCUGCAGCGCUCAUCCAGCCUGGCGACCCGUCCUCCUCCUCUUCCUCGUCCUCCUCCCGCCCGGAAACCCUAGAUGGGGAUGCUGACCUCGACCGUAAGUGGAGCCGCCGGCCCCGGUUCCCCGUCUCGACGCGCGGCACCUGCGCGGUCCUCAAGAGGGAGCGUAAGGCCGGGAAGAAGGUCGCCGACGGGAAGGCCUCGUUGGAGGAUCACGUGAGGGCUUGGAAGGAGAAGAGGAUGGCCGCCGGGGUUUCCGAGAGGGAGUGCUUCUUGCCUUUCCUCACCAAUGCUCCAAGAAUGGUUGAUUGCCGCAUAUGCAAUAGGUGUAUCUACCCUGGUGAAGAAGUGCAGUGCUCUGUUCUUGGUUGUCAAGAAGCUUAUCAUUUGACAUGUGCCAAGCAGUUGAUUGGGUCCUUCACAGCAAAAAUUUUCAAGUGCCCUCAGCAUGGUUGUUUUGUUUGCAAACAAAAAGCAUAUUGGCGAUGUGUGAGAUGUGAAGUGGCAGCACAUGCAAAGUGUGCACCAUGGCCAGCGGAUGUUAUCUAUUUGAAAAAUCGGCCAGGGCGAGCAGUUUGUUGGAGGCAUUCUUCGGAUUGGCAUCUUGAGAAGGAGCAUGCAGAUACCACAUGGGAUGUUGAGGAAGCUUUUCUCCGCUUGCCUCUUCCAUAUGCUGAUGAAGAGUUUAAGAUGGGCUGCAUCUUGAAAGAUGUUAUGGAGAACAAAACGGAGCCAUCUCCAUACGUACAUAUCCGACGGAAUGUUUACUUAAUCAAGAAGAAGCGAGAUGGUACUGAGACUGGUGGUGGCUGCACAAACUGCAAUGCUAACUCCACAUGUAAGGAGAAUUGUGAAUGCAGGGGCCUUUCCAUCAGCUGUUCCAAGGAUUGUCAUUGUUCUGAUAUGUGUAGAAACAGACCCUUCCGAAAAGAGAAGAAGAUUAAAGUUGUUAAGACUGAAUAUUGUGGAUGGGGAGUCGUGGCAUUAGAGGUUAUGGAGAAGGGAGACUUUGUGAUAGAAUAUAUUGGAGAAGUUAUUGACGAUGCCUUGUGCGAGCAAAGACUGUGGGACAUGAAACAUCGAGGCGAUCAGAAAUUCUACAUGUGUGAAAUUCAUAAAGACUUCAUAAUUGAUGCUACUUUUAAAGGAAACACUUCUCGAUUUCUUAACCACAGUUGUGAUCCAAAUUGCAAACUUGAAAAAUGGCAAGUUGAUGGGGAGACACGAGUUGGUGUUUUUGCUUCUCGUUCAAUAGACAUUGGGGAGCCUCUUACAUAUGACUACAGAUUUGUACACUUUGGACCCAUGGUUAAAUGUUACUGCGGAGCUUCCAAUUGCCAAGAAUACUUGGGAAGUAAGAAGAAGAUAAACCAGAUGUUAUCCUGCUGGGGAUGCAAAAGAAAGAGAUCUUUUAUGGCACACCAUGCCAAGCAAAUUUCAUUCUUUCAAAGGUACAGUUUGUAGUUUUCUUUUUGAUGCGGGGUAAUGAAGAUACCUGUUGUAUCUUGUGCUGUGGACUUGAGCUUCAUUUGUACCGGUAUCUUUUACAUGCUAUUGGUUCGUCCUCCCAUGGCCUCCCAUUUGGCUGUGUUUUAGCAUUUUUCACU